AUGUUUGACGACUUCGUUCAGAGCUCGUCUUCGCAGCACAACAGCCCCUUUGCGCCACGGAGCGGCAGUCGAAGCAACGUUUACGCCGAUGGUCACUCUGCAAACGGGCACCACACCACAUUAUCGCGCUUCGAGUCCUCGAUCAACGAUGGUUUCGAGAACGACCACUAUGGCAGCCGCGGCGUCGAUGGCGACGACGGUGCUCACGAUGAUUUCGGGUCCUCCCUCCUCGAUCCCAUCGCCGCACUCGAGACUGGCUUCAUCUCUUCGGAUGCGGGACCAUCGUCGCAUUCCGAGCCCAUCUUUCAGCUAGGCAGAGUCCAGUAUGCCUUUUCGGCGCCCCUGGCCCUCAUGACAGUCUCCUCCAACAUCCUCACGAUGUGUCUGUACGCAUAUCCAAUCCCAUCCCAAGGUGCCAACCCGUUCCCAACCGCUCCGCCUAAACUUGUCCGCAUCAACCUUGAUGAUCCAGAACGGACGCAAGAGGCCGACGUUCCUAUCCCUCCCACUCCACGCUCUGCACGCAACGCACCACCACCAGAUCCAAGCACUGCAGGUCCCUAUAAAAUGUUUGCUGAUCCCUCGGGACUUCAUCUCUUGCUCACCAUGCGCAACGGCGACAACUACUACUGGGCCAGUGGCUGGAGGAAAGCUCGUCUCUUGCCCAAACUCAAAGGUCACAUCAUUGAGAGCGUAGCAUGGAACAAGGACGCGAGCUCAUCUCACUCCACUGGUUCAGGUGCUUCGGCAGCGGCAGCGCGCAGACGUGUUGCCAAUACCAACCCUGGUCUCUCGUCUACUCGUCAGAUUCUCGUCGGUACGCGGUCCGGAGACAUUUAUGAAGCUGUCAUUACCGCACCGAUAGGCAGUGACCCGGACGAUGGUGACAUCUUCGACAAGAUUGCUCGACGAACAGCUGGCAAUGGAGCAGAACGGGGCGACGUUGACCGUGUAGUAAGACACAUGGCCACGUUGCCGGAGCGGCAACCAGUGACUGGUCUCGCCGCCGAGUUCUUCCCUCGUACGAGCCAUGCCUCGGCGUCGUCCUCGAACCCGUCCACGUUGCCUUCAACAUCGACCUCAAGCGAGCUACGUCGAGCUGUCGUCAUCGCCACAACGAGCACACGUAUCUACGAAUACGUUGGCAUCCUUACAAAACCACGCUCAGACGAUCCUGAUACUCAGUCUCUUUACGACAAGCUCUUCCUUCCCUACCGCGGCGACUCUUCCCCUAACCUCAAAUCUGAGCUGCCGGGUGACCUGCCCUAUUCAGAAUUGCACACAUGGACGCCGAACUCAUCCAAACACGUUUCGGCCCUUGCCUGGCUCACCGGUCCUGGUAUCUACCACGGCACCCUCUCCUACCCGCCUGACGCAACAGCAGGCGACAGUGUCAUUGAAACUGCCAACCUCCUGCCGUACCCAGCCAUCGCCAUCGAAGACGAAAACAGCGCCACCCCAACGAAACGUCGUAGUCGACUCAGCACGGCAUCCAAUGGUGACCAUAACACAUUCGGUCACGGCGGAGCUCCGAUCACAGAGAUCCCACUCAGCAUUGCAUUGACCGAGUUCCAUUUCGUCUUGCUUUACCAGGAUCGUGUCAUGGCCAUCAGCUCGCUCGACGAUCAAGUCAUCUUUGAGGAGGCGCUUCCACUGAAACCCAACGAGCGCGUUAUUGGCACAGCCGUCGACGUCGCCAAGGGCACUUACUGGAUUUACACUGAUGCGAGCAUCUUUGAACUUGUCCUCCGCGACGAGGAUCGCCAUGUCUGGCGUGUUCACUUGGAUCGAGGCUCGUUCGACACGGCUCUCAAGUACGCCAAGCCAGGCAUUCAGCGAGGAACAGUGCUUUCCUUCCAAGGCGAUCGCUUCUUCACCGAGGGCAAGUAUAUCCAGGCCGCCCAGUGCUAUGCGCAGACGUUCAUGCGCGCGUUUGAAGAAAUUGUCCUGCGCUUCACCGAUGUCGAGCAACGCGAUGCAUUACGCUACUACCUCGUCCUGCGGCUUGAGCGACUCGACAAGACAUACGAUGUAGCGCAGCGCAUCAUGCUCGCAACGUGGCUCGUCGAGAUCUACCUCAGCAAGAUCAAUCAGCUCGAGGACGUCGCUGCAGCCGAAGCAGCGAGCCAAGACGUCGACAACUACCGCCUCGAGAUAACCAUGAUCACCGAAGAGCUGCAUCAGUUCCUCGCCACGUACCGGUCGCUGCUCGACGCGCAUACCACAUUCGACCUUAUCAAGAAGCAUGGCCGAUCCGACGUCUAUCUUCAUUUUGCCUCCGUCAUCGGCGACCACGACCGCAUCGUGCGCCAUCACAUCCAGGCCAAGCAGUGGACCAAAGCCAUCGAUUCCAUCAACAAGCAGCACUCGCUCGAACUUUACUACAGUUUUGCAUCCGUGCUCAUGCGACAUGCGCCCGCACAGACGGUCGACUGCUGGACACGCCAGCGGAACCUAGAUGCGCGCAAGCUCAUCCCGGCUCUGCUGCAGCACAAGCCGGACCUCGACCUGGGCGAGACCGACCAGGCAGUCAAGUAUCUGAACGGCAUUAUUGCCGGCAAACACGGAAGCAAGGAUACCGCCAUCCACAACUUGCUCCUUACGCUGCUUGCACGCCGGGCGUCGCGCUAUCCGAACCGACAAGAAACUAAGCAAGAGCUGCUACGCUUUAUUGAUGACGCGAAACCGAAUCCGUUGACGGGCCAUCCUUACUUUGAUCUCGACUAUGCGUUGCGCACGUGCCUGUCACAAGGGCAGAUGGAAGCGUGUGUACGCAUCUACGCCAAGAUGGGCUUGUUCGAGUCGGCAGUAGAGCUGGCAAUUCGGGAAGGCGAGAUCGAGCUCGCCUGCAGCUGUGCCGACAUGGCCGAGUCCAUGGACCGCGAUCUGCGGAAGAAGCUCUGGCUCAGGGUGGCCAAGGAAGUGGUGCGUACCGCCGCCGACAUCAAGUCGGCCAUGGCGUUCCUGCGCCGCACUGACUUGAUCGCGAUCGAAGAUGUCUUGCCUUUCUUCCCUGACUUUGCCGUGAUCGACGAUUGCAAAGACGACAUCUGCGAGGCUCUCGAGGGCUACGCCGCACACAUUGAGGAGCUCAAGGACGAGAUGGAUGAAGCGUCGCGUUCGGCAGUGGCAAUCCAGCAGGACAUCGCCAAGCUGAGCGAACGAUUCGUUACGAUCGACCCGGACCAGAAGUGUCACCACUGCAUGCAGAUGCUGGUGCAGCGCCAGUUCUACAUUUUCCCUUGCCGACACGGUUUUCACGCUGACUGCUUGAUUGGUGAAGUGACCAAAACCAUGUCAACGCGCAGUUUGAGGAAGCUGCUCGAGCUGCAGCAGCAGAUUUCGGCGCUAACGAGUGGGCUAGUGCCUGCGCUCCCGAGUUCGGCGCUUGCCAGCGUUGGAUUUCUCAAGGACGGGUCGAAGGCGGUGGUGAACGCCGCUCAGGAAGCAAGCAAGGUGGGGAUGAGCGGUCUGCAGGCGAGCGCCAGGGGGUUGGGCAACGUGUCGGCGGCCGUGGGGCUGGACAAGCUGCGCGAGCUUGUGGUGCCGGAUGCGGUAAUCAGCGCCAUCUCGGCCGGUGUCAGCGUCAGUGUAGCAGGCGGACGCAGAGUGCUCGCGCCGUUGGAUCCGUUCUCGAACCCUACCACCGACUGGGUAGCGGGCUCGCGCACGGCAGCGCACCGACGCGCGGCUGCCGCUUUGGUCGCCUCGUCGGACGCAGAAGUCAAUGGAAACGGUGGCGAUGGGGAUGGAACGAACAAGCUGACAAUUGGCUCAUCGAGGAGUAUAGAGGAUCAAGAGAGGAUCCAGCAGCUGCGCGAUCAGCUCGAUGCGCUCAUCGCUGGAAGCUGCCCCAUGUGCGAUGGCACUGCCAAUGCAAUUGGUAGGCCAUUUAUCUCGGACAAGGAGGCUGCGGACGAGUGGGCGCUGUGA